AUGGAUCUAGAGUUGCUGCACUGUACUACCGUCCGUCCGUCGACGGCGCCGGUGUCACAGGCAAAAAAAAUUUUGCGCUUGAAGAACACGCACCUGAGGGCGCUCCCUGGUGCGGCGGAGAGGCUGGCGCUGUGCAAGGCCGACCUGCUCGACUACGACGUGCUGCGGUCGGCCGUCGCCGGCUGCCACGGCGUCUUCCACACCGCGUCGUCCGUCAUCGACGAUCCGACCGUCCGUCCGUCGACGGCGCCGGCGUCACAGGCAAAAAAAAUUUCGCGCUUGAAGAACACACACCUGAGGGCGCUCCCCGGUGCGGCGGAGAGGCUGGCGCUGUGCAAGGCCGACCUGCUCGACUACGACGCGCUGCGGUCGGCCGUUGCCGGCUACCACGGCGUCUUCCACACCGCGUCGCCCGUCACCGACGAUCCGUGGGCCGAAUUAGUGGGCUGCGGUGGAGAUGAGUUUGUUGGGGCGUGA